AUGGCCAACCAAGGGAACACACUGCGUCAUCAGAUGCCGCCACGCCCCGCCCGUUCCGUGCCUGGUGUUGGACAUGACAUCAUCUCCAGGCAGGCCCAGUCAUAUACAAAAUCUUCACAAAUAAGGCUAGGGAUGGGGGUGAUAGAGACUGGUCUGAGAUCAUUAAGUGACUGUGGACUGGAGGUUUUGGGGAUGGGGGUGACGCAGUUUGGCUUCAGGCCUGGCAAAUCCACAGCAGACCUCCUCCUCUUCCUCUCCAAGGACUGGCAAGACGCCCUGGAAGAAGGCCUGGACACCCUUGUGGUGGCCCUGGACAUUGCUGGGGCUUUUGACAGGGUCUGGCACGCGGGGCUCAUUGAAAAGCUUCGCGCCAAGGGUGUGCAAGGUGACCUGUUAAUGCUGCUAGAAGAUUACCUCCAGAGUAGGACCAUUCAGCGGCGAGCCCUGCGCUUGGUGGCCACCGAUGAGGACCAACAGCACCCCACCACCCAGUAA